AUGGAUGAAUUGAUAUCAGUAACACUGACUCUUUCCAUUUUCCAAUUGACAGAAGCUAAAGCAACAGCUGUGAAAAAUACAUGUGAAAUUAAAACAGUCUCUGGUUCAGCAAAGACUUUUAUGCAAAGACCAGCUAAUCUUAGGAUGAAAUUGAAAAUAUUAUCAAUAUUGAAUAAAUCUACUGUUGCUACAGAUACUUUCCCAUUAUGUGUACAGGUUGUUUUUGAUGGUUUGUUUGGUGACAUUUCUAAUGCUAAACUACAACUACUCUCAAUGGAAUUUAUCCUGUCUAUUAUUAAUAAGUGUUUAUCAACAAGGCUCACAGUAAUGGCUCCAUUAUUGUUAACUGCAUUAUACAAGAUUAUUGAUAACAAUGACUUAAAGGAUAAUAAAUUAAUUGUGAGUGCAUUCAGUGGAUUGAGUUGUUUAUCUAAAAAGGCUCCUCAUAUUUUGAGAAAAGAUGCCAAGCAUUUGUAUAGACUUUUUGAAGAGUUGGAGAAAGAGACCAAUAAGGAUAAUAGACUAGUAAUACAAGAGUGUAUUAAUAGUGUCAGUGGUGUGUAUGUUAAUGAAACUAAUGAGAAAAAUGUAACAUUGUUGGAGUCAAUAUUGCUGACGCAUAUUAAUAGAAAAUUGGUUCAAUCUAGGAAAGCAGCAGCUUUCUGUGCUCAUUCAUUGUUUCCAUUUUCUCACUUUCCUUCUCGUUAUGUUAGUUUAAUUGCUUGUGGUGAUUCACAGCUGGAGGUCAGAGAAGAAGGUCUUAAUGGACUUCGCCCAAGACAGCUUGAAUCUAAUCCGCAGUUUCCUCCAUUUGCUAAUGUUAUACAAUACAUUAGUUCAAGGGUUGAUUCAAUACUGUCCAGUGAUCAAUGUUAUGUGAUUGGCAGUACCAAACUACCUUAUACUCCACUAGCUAUGAAGCACAUCCUAUUGUUCUGCUAUCAUUCUCUCCUGUAUUCAUGUGGACACGAUGGAUGGACAGUAACUGAUAUUUGUAAUAUUGAUAUAACACAGCCCAUUGAUAAGGAGGCUAUGAGGAAGGUAUCUGAUUUCUUAUCAAUUAUGGAAUUUUUGAAAAAUGAUGUUCUACAAAAAUAUUUGGAAUUAAUAAGAAUGUCAUUGCUGCCACAAUCAGAUUAUGAUGUUGCUACUGUUGGUAUAUAUUCACUAUUGCAGUUAAUUCUAUUAUCUGAGCCAAUUGCAGAAACUUUUAUGAAAGACAUCAAAAACAUCAAACAAUUGGCUAGUUAUCCAAGGUCAAACACUAAGCAAGGAGCUGCUCGAAUAAUUGGAUAUUUGUCAUCUAAAAUGGAGUAUAAUGAGUUAUUAAUAUUAAUACAGGAUAGCCUGGAUGACACGCAAUUUCCUUUGUAUGUACAACAGCAGAAAGGUAUCAUUGUACUAGGUCAAGUUUGUGCAUCAAGUUUGAAAAGACUCUCAACAUUACCAAGCAAUUUCAUUAUUAUUAUUGAAAAAAUAAUAUCUAAAAUAUUGUCAUUUUUUAACAGUCUUGAUUCUGAUAUUAUCUUCACUGCCAUUGACUCUAUUGGAGAGAUAGUUAGGUCGGGACCAUUGCCUUUUCCUGACUCAGUAUCAGAAUUGGAAUUGGAAUCAAAUUCAAAAUCAGACUUAGUAUCAGAUAUCAAAGUGUCAUUGACUAAAGAGUUUAUCUUUGAUAAAGUUGUUGAAAGAAUGGAAGACAGUGUUGAUGAAAAUACUGUGUUACGGGACAAAUGUUCGCAUACAAUUGGUUUUUUCUCAUUGGGUGAUCCUUCAUUUCCAUACAAGGAUAAAGCUCUGAAGACCUUAAUACAGUACAGGGAGCAGUCACAUGUUGAUGUCAGUUUCUCAAUUGGUGAAGGACUCUCAUGUAUUGCAGCUGGAGUUUAUUGUGAAUUGUAUCGCAAUCCUUGGGAUUACAGACCUUCUCCUUUAUCCCUCCCUCUCCCUACGCCCUCUGAUGACAUAUUUAAUAAAACUAUAAAUAUUGUCAUCGAUGAAUAUGGGUAUAAUUCAUCACCAAGAGUAAGACAGGCUGCUUGUAUUUGGACGCUAUCAUUAUUGAAGUAUUGUAAAUCUUAUCCAUCAUUUCAGGAGCAGUUACCAAGAUUUCAACAUGUAUUUUUGAGUUAUUUAUCUGAAACUAACGAUGUAUUACAGGAAGUUGCUUCAAGAGGACUAGGUCUAUUGUAUGAAUUUUCUGAUGCACAACGUAAAGAACAAUUAUUGCAAUAUCUUGUUAAUACACUGAUGGAAGGGAAAGGAAUGAAUGUUCCAGUUAGUGGUGAUACUGAAAUAUUUUCACCUUCAAUGAAAUUAGGAAAGACACCAGAAGGGUCUGGUUUAUCAACAUAUAAGGAAUUAUGUUCAUUGGCUAGUGAUCUGAAUAAACCCGAUCUCGUUUAUAAAUUUAUGAGUUUAGCCAAUCAUCACGCUAUAUGGAACUCAAAAAAGGGUGCUGCAUUUAGUGUGUCCAGUAUAGUGCGAGAAGCAAGGGACCAGUUAAAGCCUUACUUGAAUAUAUUAGUACCUCGUUUAUUUAUUUAUAAGUAUGACCCAAUUACAUCAGUUCAAGUGGCUAUGAGCAACAUAUGGAAAAUUAUAUCAUUUGAUAAUAAUAAAAUUAUUGAUGAAUAUUAUGAAGAAAUACUGAAAGAAAUUUGUAGUAAUGUUAAUAGCAGUCAGUGGAGGAAUAGAGAAUCAAGCUGUUCAGGAUUAAGAGAUUUUUUAAGUGUCAAUAUUAAAGAAUCUGUAAUCAUUGAAUACUUAUCUGAACUGUGGAAAUUAUUGUUGAAAGUAUUAGAUGACAUUAAAGAAACUGUUCGUAAAUCUGCUGAGUCAGCAGCUAAGACACUUUUAAGUGUCACUGUUCGUCUAUGUGAUGGAAGUGGUACAGUUGCUACCACAACCGUAGAAUGUGUGUUACCUAUAUUUGUGAAUAAUGGUACAUCCCAUCCUUCACAUGAUGUAAGAGGACUAUGCUUGUUGAGUUUGAUUAGAGUUAUUGAAAAAGCUGGUUUAUUACUGAAGCCACAUAUUUCAAUGAUAAUACCAUUAUUAUUAAAAUCAAUAAGCUCACUUGAGCCUCAGAUAUUAAAUACAGUUAGUCUUCAGUUAAAUGGUAUAGAUUCAUCAAAUAAUGUACAAGAGAAGUUAGACAGUAUUAGAACAAAACUGUCAAAAUCAUCACCGUUACUAGAAGCAAUUAAGCUAUGUGUUCCUCAUAUUGAUAAAAAUGUUCUAGUGAGUUUAAUUCCUCCACUUAAUGAUAUUAUUAGAAGUGGAGUUGGAGUUACCACCAAAGUAUCUACUGCUGAUUUUGUCAUUGACCUGUGUCGUCACUCACAAGAUGAUCUAUUUCCUUAUGCUGGUAAAUUGUUAGGUGGAUUGUUGUCUGGCAUCACUGACACUAGUAUCACAGUAUGCAAGAGUUAUGCUAAAGCCAUUGGAUAUGUCAUUAAAGUUGCCAAGGAAACAAGUAUUACGAAACUAGUAGAAAAACUGAAAAAUAUGUAUUUAGAAAAGGGAGAUAGUUUGCCAGUUGCUUAUGCACUACAUGAGAUGUCUUUAAGGAGUUCUGACAUAAUUAAAAAUUAUUUAAUUGAUGUGGUACCACUGGUGUUCUUAGCAAUGCAUGUUGUUGUUAAUAAUGAAGAUCCCAAUAGUGAAGUAAUGUCAAAUUUAUGGAACUCAACAUGGCAAGAAAUUGUUCCAAGCACAUCAACUGCUAUUAGAUUAUAUAUGAAGGAAAUAUUGGACUUUGUUUGUCCUUCCUUGUCAUCACAAUCCUGGGAUUUGAAGAGACAAGCUGCUAAAGCAAUUGCAACCAUUGCUGAAAAUACAAAUGCUGAGCUGGACUCAUCAAAUUUAUCAAUUAUAUUGUUGUCAUUAAUGGAGUCAUUAAAAGGACGACUCUGGGAUGGGAAGCAUAGUUUAUUGCAGUCCAUGAAAGCUGUUUGUGUCUUGUGUAAGGAUAGUAUCAUGACAUUGGAUAAUCCACAGCCUUUGCAGAUUGUGGAGUGUUUGUUGUCUCAGUGUAAAAAACAAGAUGUAUUAUACAAAAUGAUUGCAGUUACUGCCACUGGAGAAGUUAUUGAAUCACUUGAAGUUAAUGCUUUUAGUGAUAUUUAUGAGUUAAUUACAACUGAGAUACUUGAUAUUGAUCAGGAUCAACUACAUGAUACUGAUUCUAACACUGUAUUUGAUUUGAAAUCUGCAGCGUUUGAAGCACUUGGUCGUUCGUGGCCUAGAGGAGUCCAGUCAACGCAAAUAAAAUUCCUGCACACAGUUUGCAGUAUUUUAUCUCAAAGAAUGAAGAAAAACACAUGGAAAAUACAGUGCUCAAUUUUAAAAUCAUUGAAUAUUAUUUUCAAAAGGACUACUGUUAUGCUGUCAAGUGAAUGUGUUGAGCUAUUUAAUAAUGAAUUGUUAUUAUCAAUAGCUGAUUGUAUUAAGAAUAGACGAUAUUUAUCAGUCAGAAAGGAAUCAGUUUAUUGUCUUCUUCAAAUUGUCAGUUACUUGAAAGUUCAUAAUGUGUUGAAUGAGGUGCAUGAAGACAAUGUUACACAAUUAUAUGAAUCGUUAAUGAUGAUUACUGAUCCUGAAAUACAAGACACUGGAAUUAAAAUUAUCAAAAUAAUUGGACGUUAAUAAUUAUUGUGAUCUUUAUUUUAACAUGAUUAUGCUAAGAAAAAAAUUUCCUGAUUAAA